AUGAAUUUUCUUCGUAGAACUUUAUUUAAAUCAAGUAGUUGCUAUAAUUUUUUGAAUGGAAAAGCUAACAACAUACAAAAUUCGUUUCAACUUGGUUUCCAUACAUCACCUGAAUCACCAAUACCAGAACAAAUACUAAGAACAUCGUUAUCAUAUAUUAAUCAAUAUGGAUGGACAAUUAAUACAUUAUCACAAGGAGCCAAAUCUUUAGGAUAUUCAUCAGUUGCACAUGGAUUAUUUCCAAGAGGGGGAGUAGAAUUGAUUGAUUUUUUCUUGGAGGAUAGUCGACAAAAAAUGAUUUGCGAAAUAAAGGAUAAGGUGAACGAAGAGGGUUUAAAAAUACCUCAGAAAAUUCGUUUGGCUUGUAUAACAAGAUUAAAUCUAACGAAACCUUACAUCAAGAAAUGGCCAGAGGCUCUUGCAAUUAUGUCACAACCAAAUAAUUUUUACAUGUCAUUUCUACAUCUUGCUAAAUUAGUUGAUGAUAUUUGGUAUCUCGCUGGUGACAAAAGUGCUGAUAUGAAUUGGUACAGUAAAAGAACAACGCUUGCAAUGAUAUACUCUACUACAGGUACUUUGUAUAUGACUCAAGAUAAUUCACCAGAUUUUAUGGGAACUUAUCAAUUUCUGGAUAGAAGAUUGCAAGAUACUGCAACAUUUGGUAAAUCUGUAGCAGAUGUUAAAGCAUAUUUAAGUUUUGUUGGUAGAUCUUUGAAUGGAGUUUUAGAAUCAAAAAGAAUCUUAUAA